AUGACUACGUCUGGCAUUGAAGACGCUCCCAAGAAUGGAUCGAUGUCUCCAAGUUACCGGCGAGAUAUCAGAGGAUGGCGAGGCCUGGUAAAAUCACAAGGCCUUCAGAUCACCAUACUGUUGAGUGCACUUAUCGUCCUUGGAUGUCAACUUAGGAUCCAGCCUGUGGAUUUGUCGCAAGACACACCAGUGAACUUGACACUUCUACCUCCAGCCCAUCUACAUAUUCUGAUCCCGGCUUCCCGACCUGAUGUAAACCUGUGCAAGGUCCUCCUCAGCGCUUCUGUCCUCGGUUACCCAAGCCCAGUCAUUAUAAACUGGAAUCAAGAAUUCAACGACAAUUCUCUUGUUGAGGGUGGAUCACAUCUGGCAAAGAUCUCGGGCAUCUACGAUUAUGUAUCUGAUCUGGCCGCCGCUCACGAUAAUGACCUCGUACUGAUGCUUGACGGCUACGAUGUAUGGCUACAGUUGCGAGCCCAGACUCUUCUUGAUCGGUACUACCACCUCAAUAGACUGGCUGAUACCCGUAUACAUGCGGAAAUGGGCUCUGCUGCCAACGAAACCCGCCAGGAAAUCAUAUUCGGAUGUCAAAAGCGCUGCUGGCCCUGGACUCCGCAAGAUCCGCCAUGCUAUGCCGUUCCGAACUCGACGCUUCCAAAGAAUGUUUACGGCUCACGGACAGACACUCUGGCGACCGAAGACAAUCCCUUCAUCAAUUAUCGCCCCCGCUUUCUCAAUUCAGGUACAGCCAUCGGACCAGUCAAAGCCAUGCGCAAGCUAUUCGGACAAGCUCUCAAACAGGCCCGUGACGAGCCGAAUAUCGGGAGUGACCAAUACAUCUUCUCGCACAUCUUUGGCGACCAGGAGAUAUGGCGAGAAGCCAUCGGUCGCGAUGCAAUACUUGGCCAACAGAGAACACGCUCUGGUCCGAAGCAAGGUCUUCGAGGCAGAGAGUUCUUCAUAGAAGAGCAUAUCUCGGAAGUCCGCGCCAAAGCUGCCGAGCGUGAAGACGGCAACUUUGAAUUCGGGAUUGGCGUGGACUAUGGCGCCGAGAUUGUGCUGAAUACUGUAUUCGCGGAAGAGGAUACUGCUUGGCUGGCAUUUUCGAAUCGGACUCAAAUCGUGCAGGCUAGUUUGGAGCAUGCUGACGCUGCUAAAAGCGUGAAAUUUUUGGCCGAUGAUAUUGCCAGCACCCUACCUCCGUUCUGGACAUCGUCGACAGAAGACCUUCCUCGCACCCGUGAAUGGCAGAAUAUUUCCCUGCUCACAGAUAUCUAUACGGGCAAUACACCGGUGGUCGUCCACCACAAUGCUCAUCGUGACAAUCUGAAGUCUCGGCGAGAGUCAUGGUGGCCAUUAACCUGGUUCUACGUGCACGCAAGAACUCUCCUGGACAUUUCUGUGUACAAUCCUCUCGUUGCUCUUGCAGUCAGCGGAUACGACAAAUCUUCGAGGAGGCAGUGGUGGGCAUUUGGGACAUGGAAAGGCGGGGCGCGAGAUGGAUCGUGGAAAGCUGGCGACGAAGGUGAAGGCUGGCUCAGGUUCGAUGAUAUCUGUCGUGAGUAUCACGAGGAGAUAUUUGGUGAUGAUCGAGGGCCAUGGGAAUUACCUGUGGCGCACUGA